UUUGUUCCUUUCUCUCUCGCUUUUCCUCUCAAAUUUCUCUCCUUUUUUUUUUGUUUUAUUUUCCUCUUUAUUUUUCGUUCUCAAUUAUAUUAAGUCUCUCAGUUCUCUCCAUCUUCCGUUGUUUAUUUUCCCUAAUUUUGCUUCGAUUCGGUUGCUUUACUCAUUCUGGGCUGUGAUUUUUUGGUUCAUGAUUAUAAGCUGCAACAAAUUACAACAACAAUUUAUUGAAGCAGCAUGGGCCAAAGGAAUAUGCGAAGCCCUAUUGAUUUAGAAAUCGAUCAACAAGGCCAGGAAUACCUCCAGCAUGAACCUUGCGUCUAUUUGGGUGGGACAACGAACUACCCAUCACCUGAUAUCCCAAUGACCAUCACAGCUCCAGGGAACACAACUAACCUUGAUGCGCAUCCCUUACCUGAGCAUUAUGACAACAGUAUGUUUUAUGGGAUCCCCAUGUACCCUGGUGUUCAGCAUCAUCAUCAUUCCCCAAAUCUUGAUCUUGGUAUCGGGAGUGCCUCGAACUUUUAUGGUCCCUAUGUGCCUACCCCUUCAUCCAGUGUUCCUAUAAAUCAUGGAAUCCCAGACCAGAUGCCAUCAUCCAGCAACUAUCGUGUCCAUGGAGUUUCUGCUGAUGAAUAUGCAAGGAAUUGCCACUUCAUGGAUAACGUUAGAGGCUUGUAUAAGAGAAAGAAUUCUGAAGGGAUCCCAGGAAAUUUUCAGCAGUUUAAUGCCUCAUCAAGCUCUAGCUCCUCUGUUACACCAUUAAAUACUAGGAACCGUGAUGGGGUUGGCACAGUGGAUGCUGCAUCCUUUACUAGGUCUCAAUAUAGGGGAAAUGGCCUUCCACCAAUUAGAGAAGCAGGACCUCAAAGAAGUGUGAGGAACAGAUUAGGGGCAAAUGCAGUGGAUCCUGUUUUGAUGCAAAGUGGCAACCCUUAUUUUCAAGGAAAUUACUUGGGUCAACCUUUUCAGCCGACAAUAACAGAUGGAGGUGCCUCAGCUUGGACUCAGGCUCCUGGUGUUCCUUAUAUGCAUGGUAGCAAUAUUGGUGGACCUAUGGAGACUAGGCACAGAAGUUCCUCAAAUUUCUCACAUUCUCCCCUUGACUUUCGGAACCCAAACUUUCAUCAUCAUGUGCCUCCUAUCGAAGGAGCAAGAGGCCAUGGCAUUAAUGUCCAUCCGCAAGUAGCACCAGUUCCUUAUUGCUUUCCAGCAAGUUAUGCUUCACAGAGCACCAUGAAUCCCUCACAGGAUGGUUUGGAUGUCGGGCGUAGGCAUUUUGGACCAGUUCCACCUACUGGCUUUAGGAUAUAUCAUUCUCGCCGGGAAAGUGGUGCUUUACCUGAGUCAUCUCUGAGACACCGCAAUCUUCCUCACCUGAGAGUUCUCCCACCUGAUGGAGUUGCCGUACUUGAGUUCCCAGAAUUUUAUGAAGAAGUUGGCAAUCUUAUUGAUCAUCACAGAGAUAUGCGCUUGGAUAUAGAGGAUAUGUCUUACGAGGAGUUGCUCGCUCUGGGAGAGCGGAUUGGCAAUGUGAACACCGGUUUAUCAGAAGAAAUCAUGAGACGUAAAUUGAAAACAAGAUCGUAUUCGACAUUCGCUACAAAUAUUAAUCUGGAAGAAGCGGCACCCGUUGAACAGGAACCUGAUUUUUGUACAAUUUGCCAGGAGGAUUAUAAGAACCAAGAGAAAAUCGGAACCCUUGAUUGUGGACACGAGUACCAUGCAAGUUGCUUAAGAAAGUGGCUGCUCGUGAAGAACGUAUGCCCCAUAUGCAAAUCACAGGCAUUAGCCACAUAAUCCAAGGAUGUAUAAAGCAUGGGGUUGACUUAAAUCCAACAAAAGUAAUAAACUACAUAAAACGGUUGAUGGUCUGUUUUAAAUAUAAAUCGAUAUUUGUCGAGUAUUUUGUACAUGAACUUGCAGAUAUCUAACGGACAAUCAUUUAUUUGUUGGCUCUGUAAUUAUCAACAAUUGUACAGACUCCCAUUAUGAAGUCUCAUGCUAUGAUAUUCAACUUUCAACUA